GCCGGGCAGGAAGGGAGCCGGGCAGGGCGGGACACGGCGCUAUGGCCUGCAAAGGAAGCGGCGUUUCCUGUCCGGCACAGCCCACAAUGGGACGGAGCCGCCGACCCCGGCGGUGCUGGGCUGGGAGCACUGGUACCAGUGCAGAUAGACGGGGGAUGAGAAUGAGGAUGGGGUGGUCUCACUGUUGCUCCGUACGUAUGGCUCCCAGUGAUUUUUGUCCCUCUGAGAUCUGCCCUUCCAGCUCCCUGCCUGCAGUCAUCCUUUCCCCUCUUCCCAAAGCACCCCACUGUGCACUGAGCUUCCCAGCACUGUGUUUCCCAGAACCAGACCCGUGCCUCCCAGCACCGACAGCUCCUGCUGACAGCGAGGUGUGGCCGAGGCUCAGUUCCCUGUUCCUUGCCUGUGACAGCCCUAAUCCAUCACCACAGGGCUGAUGGGUCCACACCGGGCUAUUUAGGGGGAGUCACGGACACGAGUAGGGAUGGGCAGAGGUUGCAGAGCCGUCUGGCUGAUGGGCACCAGUGCUUGGUGUGGGGGUGAGUGCAUGUCCAGGCCAGCAGCAGGGACCCUGCUCCUCCCCAGGCAGUGAGAUAAGGGUGCUCCUGCCCCAGGGAGUGGGGCUGUGCUGCCAUGACAGUCUCCUACACACUGAAAGUCGCCAACUCUCGUUUCGGGGGCUUCUCCAAGCUGCUUUUCCGCUGGAAGGGCAGCAUCUACAAGCUGCUCUACAAGGAGUUCAUCGUCUUCGUGGUGCUGUAUGCGCUGCUCAGCAUCGUCUACCGGAGGUUGCUGACUGAGGAGCAGAAGCGUCUCUACACCAAGGUGGCUCAGUACUGCAACCGCUCCACGGACCUCAUCCCCAUGUCCUUUGUCCUAGGCUUUUAUGUCACCCUGAUUGUGAAUCGGUGGUGGGCACAGUACACCAGCAUCCCAAUGCCUGACCAGCUCAUGUGCGUCAUCUCCAGCAACGUCCACGGCAAGGAUGAGCGGGGUCGGAUCCUGCGGCGCACCCUGGUGCGCUAUGCCAACCUGUGCAGCGUGCUGAUCUUGCGCUCCGUCAGCACUGCUGUCUACAAGCGCUUUCCCAGCAUGGAGCAUGUGGUGGAAGCUGGGUUCAUGACACAGGAUGAACGCAAGCAGUUUGAGAGCCUGUACUCAGACUUCAACAAGUACUGGAUCCCCUGUGUCUGGUUCACCAACCUGGCGGCCCAGGCACGGCGCGAUGGCCGCAUCCGUGAUGACGUUGCUCUACGUCUGCUGAUGGAUGAGCUGAACCUGUUCCGGGCCAAGUGCAGCAUGUUGUUCCACUACGACUGGAUCAGCAUCCCGCUGGUGUACACACAGGUGGUUACCAUUGCUGUGUACUCCUUCUUUGCCUUCUGUCUCAUUGGGCGGCAGUUCCUGGAGCCGCUGGAGCCAGGGCAGGAGGGGGACCUGGAUAUGUACAUCCCCCUCUCUACCCUCCUGCAGUUCUUCUUCUAUGCUGGCUGGCUGAAGGUUGCAGAGCAGAUCAUUAACCCUUUUGGGGAAGACGAUGAUGACUUUGAGACCAAUAAGCUGAUAGACAGAAACCUGCAGGUGUCCCUGCUCUCAGUGGAUGACAUGUACCAGAACCUGCCGCCGGCCACCAAGGACAAGUACUGGAACGAGUCCACAGCUCAGCCCCCCUACACCAUGGCUACUGCUGCCGAGACCCUGAAGCCUUCUUUCCUGGGCUCCACCUUUGACAUGCGCAUGACCGAGGACAUGGAGCAGAGCCAGACAGUGGAGGCCUCUCCGAACAUGGCCCGCACGCAGACCCCGCUGCUCAGCCGCUUCCUCACCGCCGCAUCCCCUGCCAUCAGCAUCAAGAACUUUGGACGAGGCGGCCGAGCCACCCCCCACCUGCGGCGUGCGCGGGGGGACAGCACUGCACACUGCGAGGACCCCGAGGCCGUCAGCCGCAUCGAGGAGGAGGAGACAGAGGAUGAGGAGAGCCAGAAGGGAAGCCCCCGCUCCCCAAAGGCCUCCAAUAAGCUGCCACUGAUCCAGGUGGAAGCACCAUCCAGAGAGAUCAUCGAAGAUGAGCAGCCAGGAGCUGGGGAGCCCUGAGGAGGUGGGUGAGCCCUGUUCCCCUGCACCCCUGGCCAGAAGCGGAGCCUCACCAGUCCUGAAGCAGGGUUUGUCCCCAGGGUGGUGGUGAAGUGCUGAUGGUCGGGGUGAUGCCACCACUCGCAGCCUGCCAGGCACAUUGCCUGCUGCCAAGGGGACAGCACAGGCAUUGAGCCAGGACAGAGCAAAUGUGCUCAGCAUCGUGGUGGGAGGUAGCCUCAAUGUUAAUAAAGUUCUUGCCAGCCUCAACUUUGAGCAUCUUUGUUGUCACCCCCAGCAGUGAGAGGCAGGAACAUCGAUCCCAUCCUAAAAGGGGGUGAAUUCCAUCCCAUGGGCUGACACUGCAAUGUCUGCGGGGCUUCACACCAGGUGACACAGCUGCAUGCUACAAAACUGUCACGGAGUUAUUUAGAUCAAUCUAUGUCUGUGACAGGGGGGCAGUAGGCAGGGAAGGGAAAAAGGGAAAGGGGUAGGGAGAUGGAAACACCCACAGCAGCAGUAGGGCUGCUAAAAAACCCCUUUCUAAAGAUGUUGCCCAGAAUUUAUCCAGGCCUGACAAAGGCAUUGGCACUCAUGACCCUAUCCAGGUUCAAGCAGUAUAUAUAACCCAGCACCUGUCUGGCUCAGUGCAUUGCAUGCUUGCUGUACAUCAAGCACACAGCCAUGCCAGGAGCAAU